CUCACCCGGCCCCCCUGUUGCCUCCCCCAGGGCCCGCCGCGCUGCUCCUCGCUGCAGGCCCCCAUCAUGCUGCUCUCGGGGCACGAGGGAGAGGUGUACUGCUGCAAGUUCCACCCCAACGGCAACACCCUCGCCUCUGCCGGCUUCGACAGGCUCAUCCUGCUGUGGAACGUCUACGGGGACUGCGAUAACUACGCCACCCUGAAGGGACACAGCGGGGCGGUUAUGGAGCUGCACUAUAACACAGACGGCAGCAUGCUCUUCUCAGCAUCCACAGACAAAACCGUGGCUGUGUGGGAUAGUGAGACUGGAGAGAGAGUGAAGAGACUGAAGGGCCAUACCUCCUUCGUGAAUUCCUGUUACCCAGCGAGGCGAGGACCCCAGCUGGUCUGUACAGGCAGCGACGACGGGACAGUGAAG